AGUGUGGUGUGCGUCGCCUUUCUGCUACAUAGCUCUGCUCUGCGCCAUUGCUGCUGGCUUGAGAGAGAGAGGAUUCUUCUUCAUCUUCUCCGUUUACAGCUGUGAGCUCCAAGCUCUGGACUUAGUGAUUGCUGCCACUCGCACGGCCCCAGCUUUCGGCAUCGAGAUCCAAGAAUAUCAGGAGCGAAAAAAAGAGUCUUGGGACGCAAUCAUUAGGAGCUGUCUGCAUUGCAGAGAUUCUCUGCUUGGCUGUUGGCUCGCUCCUUCAAUUCUCCUCCUCUUGCGUGUUGUCUCACUCCUUCAGCACUCCUCCUCAGCUCCUCCACAGCUGUUCCUGCUCCGGCAUCUGCUCAAGCCUAAGAACAAAUUCAGGAAGCAGGAGAUCGUUUCCACGAGGUUGUAUUGAAAAGGGAGAUUAAGGGAUUCGAAGGCUUCUGGAUGCAAUAAUCACAAGUUCCGUUGGGAGGGAAAACCAACCAACCCAACAGAUGAAACUGUGCAGCAGGUAGGCUGAGAGGCUUCUUCUCUGACCAGCGAUCAGCUUGUUCGGAGAAGGACUCUUUGCUUCCACCCCAUGGAGAAGGAAGCCAUGGAGGGGCAUGUGAUGGUACCAUUGCAGAGCUUGAGCCUAGAGCUCCCGGAUGGGGAAAUCAUAGUGGGCUACAACAAGGACACCUCGGCUCUGCAAGAGGAGAUUUCAACUAUGCGAUCAAGGCAGCGACAUCUUGACAGGAGAAGGCGGGAGGCGCUCGACAAGCUCAUUGACCUGAAAGGAAGUAUUAGGGUCUUCUGCCGGGUACGGCCGCUGGUCCAGACGAACAACUUGAACACCAAAUCACCAGUUACUGUUGGACAAGAAAAGAUUGCAGUCAAGUCAGUUGGGAUCAAGAAAGAGUUCAGUGUUGAUAGGGUUUUUGGACAGGAGUCCACACAAGAGGAUGUUUUCCAAGAAGUAAAACCGAUCCUCAGAUCUGCACUUGACGGGCACAAUGUCUGCAUUCUCGCUUAUGGCCAGACUGGGACAGGGAAAACAUACACAAUGGAAGGAACUGAUGGGAAGCUUGGUAUUGUGCCUCGAGCUAUCCAAGAACUGUUUUCUCACGCUUCAGAAGACAGUUCAUCCACAUACUCUUUCACCAUAAGCAUGCUUGAGGUCUACUUGGGGAGUCUCAAGGACUUGUUGGCACCAAGGCAGCCUCUCUUCAGGUCAACAGAAUGUAACACAGCAUGUAAUCUCAGCAUACUAGCAACAAAAAGUGGUGCUGUGGAAGUUGAGGGGCUGACGGAUGUCUCAAUACCUGACCUGAAGAAAGCCAACCAGUGGUACUGUAGAGGACGGCGAGCCCGAUCAACAUCUUGGACAAAUGUCAAUGAUGUCUCGAGCCGGUCGCAUUGCUUGACAAGGAUUACCAUAAGGAGGCAUGGAGCCACUGAAGAAGUCAGCAAGCUCUGGCUCAUCGAUCUUGGUGGCAGCGAGCGGUUGCUGAAGACUGGUGCAUCUGGGUUGACCAUGGAUGAGGGAAAGGCCAUAAACCUCUCCCUAUCAGCACUUGGAGAUGUCAUUGCUGCACUUAGGAGAAAGAGGAGUCAUGUUCCUUACAGAAACAGCAAGCUUACCCAGAUUCUCAGUGACUCGCUUGGUAAUGGUUCAAAAGUUCUAAUGGUGGUGCACAUCAGCCUUUCUGAGGACGAUGUUGGUGAGACGGUCUGUUCCCUGAACUUCGCGAAACGAGCCAGAUCAAUCGAAUCAAAUAGAGAAAUUCCAGAAGAUCUGAAAAUGUUGAAGCAGAAGCGGCUCGCAGAGCUUGACAAGGAAAUCUGCACUGUGGAGGAAGAGUUGAAGUAUCUGAAUGAAGAAAUAAGGAGAUCAGAGAUCUCACUUGAAGAGAAGAACAAGCUCACUUCAUCUGUUUGUCGGGCUCUUAGUGAUGGGAAGGGAUCACCAAGAAGCACUCUAGUGGUAGGCCACAUUGAUGUCACAGAGAGCCCACACGCAACAGAGAAGGCAAAGAGCAGGCUAUCUCACGGUUCAGCUCCCCACUUCAUGUCUUCGACGGUGUGCAGUCGGCAAAGACAUACUGCAGGAAGCCAUUUUGUUAGUAAGCCGAGGCUGACAAAGUCAGUAAACAGAUAUUCAACUGAGCUGAGUGGGAGCCAGUCAUUCAGCUACUCAAGCUGCAAGAAUGCAGCCAAGGCUAGGUCAGUGGCAUUCUCAUCCAGUGUGCCCAAGAUAAAGUGCUUGCCAGUCAAGUCUGAUCAGAUCAACAUAAGUAACAACAGCAUCGACUCGACAGCUGCAUCAGCACCACGGCGGAGGGAAAGCUUUGGCUCCAAACCGGUUCAAAGAGCACCCCUACACCAGCACAGGAGGCGGAUGUCUAGCCUAACAUAGCCUUACAUAAAUACCAAUUGGACAGUUCUGAUUUUAACUUGUUUUAGUGGUGAAAGGAUUGUGAAAGUUGUUUGUGGUUUUUGUCGGUGCUUGUUGGUAUGUUUGUUAACUGCAUAGUUUUUGACUGCUGUAACUAUUGGAGGCCCUUUGUCUUUUGUUUUUGAUUUGACAUGGAAGGGCAAACUGAUGUGAGGAAUAUGGUAAAUGGAAAUGGAAUUGUAAUUGGACUUACUAA